AUGGCAGCUAUCUUUGCCAUAUCUCUACCUUCGAUACCAGUGCCUCGCUAUGGAUCCGACCUGUUAAUGCUCGGCUUUAUUUUGCAUCACUAUCUUCUGUCUACGAUACUUUUACUGCCAAUCUAUGGUAUUACCGGGCUUCAAACGCUAUACGUUGCCAGUGUGCCCACCAACCCAGGCAUGCAAACAGAUGAGAUGAGUCGGACGAUUGACGUGCGCAUCCGGCAGACCAUUUUCGCCAAUUUUCUCCAACUUACCUGUGAGGUCGGGGGGGGUGAUGCCAGGCUGGCGUCUGUGAUGCUGGUCUGUCCGGUAUUGGAGUCCGGUAUCUGCAUGGAGAACUGUACUCGACCGUGUCCAGUAGUAGAUGGUAUGUUAUCCCCUGGAAAACCAUACAGUAAUUAG